GGCAGCGGCGGGGGUUGAGGCUAAAGCGGCAGAAGCGAUGGCGGCGGAGAGGCUGCUUUGCGCUCUGGGGCAGUGGGGCCUCCGUGAUGUUAGCCAGGCCUGGGUUGACACAACCUGGGAGCUAGAUUUCACAGAGACUGAGCCUUUGGAUUCUGAACUAGAGGCUGUGAUAACGGACAAUGGUUUGGAUGCCUUUUCCCAGCUCUACACUGCUCUCUACCCCUUUGCUGCAGAUGACCAUGAAACCACAGAAAGUGCCUGGGCCCUGUUUGUGGAGAACAGUAUCAGCCACAAUGCCUUUGUCGCCAUUUUGUAUCACUUUGUCCAAGAGGCCCAGAAUAAAAAGGCCAAUGUUCAUCAGCGGUUGUAUGCUCUUCAUGCUGCUGGAUUAUACUUCUUAUUGGUUGAAAUUCCAGGUAGCAUAGUCAACCAGGUGUUCCACCCAGUGAUGUUUGAAAAAUGCCUCCAGACUCUGUCUAAAUGCUGGCCCCAUGACUCAGACCUGUCCAGGAAAAGGAAAAAAGACCAUCAUAAAAGCUGUAAGGGUGAUCGGAAGAAGAGGGAAAAGCCACUGAGAAAGGAAAACGCAACGAUAGAUGAGAACUUUGAAGAAGAAGAAGAAAAAGAAGACCAGGAAGAAGAGAUUUACUUCUCUGCACAUCAGCUGCUUCAGAUCCGGGAGGUCCUCUUCCUUCUCCUGAAGAACCUCCUGAGGCUUCUCUCUAAGUUUUCCCUGAAAGAGAGGCCACAGUGUGUGCAGACAUGCAUUCAGGUCUUUGUUAAGCUGAUGAGUUUUGAGCCCUGCGUGCAUGGAUUUGAGCCUUCAGAGAGGAUGACUAUCAACCAAGCCAAGUAUGUCCCAGAACUUGCGUGCUUUGGCUUACAGCUGUUGUGCUCUCCACUUCACAGUGUAGAAGAUAAGGUUCUUCGCCUUGUGUUCCACCGUCUGCUCGCUGUCAUCCUCAUGUGGCCAGGGAGAGGUGCCUCCAGCGACUCAUCAGCCACUAUUCCAUCUCAGGCUGUUGGCACUAGGAACCUAGCCAUCGGAUUCAUCAGCUCUCUGAUUGAGGAACUGAAAGAAGUUGCCUUCCCCGUGCUACGAAUCUUACUGCAGCAUAUUUGUGUCAAGGUUCCUGAUAAGUCUGAAUACCGAACAUACGCAGCAUUGGCUGUGACACAACUGCUAUACAAAUUCCCGUGUGCAGAGCACGCUGACUUCAUUUCUUGGCUGUAUAGAUUUUCACUCAAUAACAAGAUCUCCUACAGAGUAUUUGCCCUUGAUGUGGCCUUGGCCCUGUUGGACUUUCCAGAGCGGGAGCAGGACAUUGCCUUGUCUGAGGAGCAGCAGGCAUUUCUGAAGCACAAAUUCCUGGUGCAGAACAUGGUCCUUGGGCGGUGCUUGGACAAAGCCCCAACUGUUCGCAGCAAAGCACUUUCAAGCUUCGCUCAGUGUCUUGAAGCGAAAUCCACACUAAACACAGAGAACAUCCAGGAGCUGUUGCAGGGCACUGCUAGUUCUACAGUACAGGACUCAAACAUGCCUGCAAAGACAUUCCUAACCAACACAGAAGGUUCCUCCAGCCAUUGUCUGAAGACUUUCCCAACAUUCAAAACUUUAGAGGUGACCGAAGAGCGCAACACUACUGAGCAUGAUGGAAAAGAGAUCAUGGUCAUGCUGAGGCUAAGAGCUGAGGAUGAGAAUACAAGCGUUAGGAAAUCCGCCCUCCAGGUGUUGAUGAGCAUCUUGAAGCACCAUGUGAUUUCCUGCACCAUGGAAGACUUGGCCAUGCUCCAGGAUCGGUGUCGCGAUCCUGCCAUCUCUGUGAGGAAGCAAGCCCUGCAGUCUAUCACAGACCUUUUACUGUCUCAGCCAGACAACGUUCUGAUACAGAAGGCCUGGCUGACGGGCGUUGUUCCCGUCAUCAUGGACUGCGAGGACUCGGUGAGGGGGAAAGCCUUGGAGUUCCUGGACCGGCUCUUGCUGCAGCCUAUCAAGCACUGUAAUAAGUUCUCCCAUGAGGACAGAGGCCAAGUGUUGGCCUGGGACCUCCUUACACACUUCACAAAAGAGAGCCAAGAACUGAGCCGCUACUUGAACAAAGCUUUCCACAUAUGGUCGAAGCAGGGGAAAUUCUCCUCCAUGUUUGUUAGCAGCGUCAUCUCCCAUACCGAAACCGAGCGCGCUGUCCCUGCUUGGAUGCUGCUGGCAAAGGUGUCUGGCUCUUCACCCAAGCUAGAUUACACCAAGAUAAUUAAAGCCUGGGACAGUAUCAGCAGGGAGCCUGGUGCUGGCUGGGAGACCAUGGUGCACAUCCUGUGCGUGAUUGGGAGCACUGCAGAACACCUGCCCAGCAGCAUCCAAAGCAGACUGAUGGAUGAUAUCAAAUGUUGGCUGCAGGACUCCCAGUGUCCUCUGGAGGCGAUUAGCCCAGCCAUAGAGACUCUGCAGAAGCUCUGCAAUGCCUCCUCAGAUGCCCCAAAGGAGGCCCAGGAUAUGCUGAACAACUUAUUUGGGGAUCUUGUAGCCACGUGUGAGCAUUUCAUCUCGAGUAUAGUCCUCUCAGAGUGCGGAGCAGAGCAGCUACAAGAUGAUGUCUUGGUUAGACAUCUCUUUAUCUUGGGUGAGGCUGCACAGCUCUGUCCCGCCAAAGUGGAAAAACACAUUUUCUUACUGAUACAGUCCAUCCUGGCUAGUCCUGACAGACUGGGCGAAGCACCCGGCCCUGGGAAUAGCGAGGACCUUCCACCGUCUCAACCAUUGUCCCAGUUCAGAGACUCCGUGUUUCCGUCUGUUGUCAGAGCUCACGCAUUCAUUACGCUAGGUAAGCUUUGCCUCCAGCAUGAGGACCUGGCAAACAAAUGCAUUCCCGCCUUGGCUCGAGAACUAGAGCUGUCCAAGGACAUGGCUGUCCGCAAUAACGUCGCCCUCGUGAUUUGUGACCUCUGUAUCCGCUACACCACCAUGGCAGACAGGUACAUCCCCAAUGUCGCCAUAUGCUUGAAGGACCCGGAACCUUUGAUCCGGAAGCAGACGCUCAUUCUCCUUACCAACCUCUUGCAGGAGGAAUUUGUGAAAUGGAAAGGAUCCCUCUUCUUCAGAUUUGUCAGUGUUUUGGUGGACCCACAUCAGGAGAUCGCAAGCUUAGCUAAAUUCUGCUUGGUGCACCUCCUGCUGAAGAGGAACCCGCUGAUGUUCUCCCAGCACUUCAUCGAGUGCAUCUUCCACUUCAACAGCUAUGAGAGGCAUGAGAAGUACAACCGGUUCCCCCAGAGUGAGCGAGAGAAGAACCUCUUUUCCCUGAAGGGCAAAGCUAACAAAGAGAAAAGGAUGGAGAUUUACAAGUUCCUGCUGGAGCACUUUACCGAUGAGCAGAGGUUCAACAUCACCACGAAAAUCAGCCUGAACAUUCUCGCCUGCUUUGUGGACGGAGCCCUGCCUCUUGACCUGGAGGCCAGUGCUCUGCUCUCUGACACCUUUGACGUCCUGAGCUGCAAGGAGAUCAAGCUCUCAGCCAUGAAAUCCAGGCCAGAGGAUGACAUUGAGCCAGAUGAGGACCAGCUGGCCAUUGCCAACGCUGUCGUGCAGGUGGCCCAGAAGAAAAUGAUCUCGCAAGUUCAGAAGAGGAAUUUUAUUGAGAAUGUCAUUCCGAUCAUCACGUCGCUGAAGACCUCAUUGGAGCAGAACAGGCUUCCAGCUCUGAGAGAACUCAUGAACUAUCUCCGGGAGGUGAUGCAAGAUUAUCGAAAUGAAAUCAAGGAGUUCUUUGCCAUGGACAAGCAGCUGGCCGCUGAGCUGGAGUACGACAUGAAGAAGUAUGAGGAGCAGCUGAAAAGGGAGUCUGAGCGAGACCAGGAGCUGUCCAGAGAGGCAGGAUCCCUUCACGUCCUGGCAGUUGUGCAGUCUCCCACUUCGGAAAAAGAAGCAGUUCCUGGUUGUCAAAAUGCAGCUGCUUCUGCAACUGCUGCAAGUGACUCCGCCUCGCCUUUGAGAUCUCUUCCUUCUCCAGCACCUGUUGGGUUUACUUCGCCCAGACCAGGCAUCCUGAAGGCCAGGAACAGGUCCUUGAAUACCAUUGCCAUCCUCAACUCUGCUAAGAAGGUCGCAGAGGCUGCUAAAAAUCAGCGCAGCAGGAGCCUGGGAGGGAGGCCCACAUCUCCAGGGAGCAGGCAGAACAGUAAAGUGUCCUUGGCCAGUCUAAACCGAACAUCAUCUGGAACCAGUGUUCCCCUGGAAGGUCGAGCAAUCAGUACCCCUGAGAAGUCUCUUGACAACGUGACCUUUGGGACAGGAGUCAGUUGUAUCCACCAGACCCAAACGCCAGAUUCAGCUGCAGAAGAUCAAGGAGCCCAGGAACCAUCAAGUCAGAUUAUCUGCUUGCCUUCACCAGAUUCGCCGUUGCCGCAGCCUCAGCAGUGGAAGAUAAACUCUCCAGUGAGGGGAAGCAACCCCUCAAGUAUAGAGCUGAGGAGGUCCAGCCGCAAGACUCCCCGGCUGUCAAGCAAAUGAUGGCCCUUGCCUUCUUAUAGCCCCAGUUUGUAAAGAAGCAUAAUCAUGUUUUACAUCUCCUCUGCAAUGGCUUGAAGAUCACGGCUUGCUUUUGUAAUUGCUGUAUGAUAAAUGUAUAUUUUGAUACUGUUAAUAUUAGUCAUUCAUCACUGCACUGGUUGGGGCACACUCUGUAGAUACUUGAGCUUCUAUAUACAUGUACUGGAAUAAUUU